UUUUCCGCGGCUGCGUCUUCAUUAUUCACUUAUCCAACGUCCUCGAGCAUAGAAUCAACGAAUUACAAAAUUUCUGGCAUACCCUUUCCAAGCGUGGUCAUUUGUCCGAAUCAGCACAUCGAUUGGAAUACGGCAAUGGAUCUCGAGAAAAAAAUCUUUUCUAAUUCUACGAAAGAAAGCAGCGUCACGACUUUUCGUGAAUUACUAGAGAAACUAUCGAUCAUAAAUCUUGGUGACUUCGAUCUUUUCAUGUUCCUAAAGAAUCGAGAUCUUGACGAACUCGCUGAUAUCAACGUGACGAGAGUACUUCUGGAAACGAUACCAAAGUGUUCAGAUCUGUUCUCUCGUUGUUGGUGGCGAAACUCCUAUCGUGACUGCUGUGAGAUCUUCGAGGUUCAAAAGACAGAGUAUGGCUUUUGUUACUCCUUCAACUCGGAGUUGUCAGAAGAACGGAGAGAUCAAAUUGAAGACAAGGAAACGCGACCGCGAAGAACAUCUGGUUACGGCGAAUGGAGCGGCGUUCAACUGAGGAUGAAUUUGGAGAAUAUAAAAAAACCACCAAACUCUAAAAUGGACGGUGGAAACGUGAUGAUACAAGGACCGAGAGUUUGGCCUAACAGCGGCACCAUGACACCAGUCGGCGUUAUUCUCAACAUCGCCUUAGACUGUAUUUCGGGAUAUGCGACACAGCGAGUCCUCGAGCUCGACGACGACAGGAUGCCGUGCAAAUACGACGAGAACGGACUUUACAACCAACAAACCUGCAUAUCUUUUUGCAAGCGAGCUUACGCGGUCAAGUACUGCGGCUGCAAUCCGUCCUUUCUAUUUCCAUCCAUUACUACCGUUCGUGAUUGUAAUAUCAAAGAUCUAAUUUGUCUCGCAGAGAAUAAUGAUAUAUUCAAUUCGUAUUAUCUGCUCCAAGAUAAGCAGAUACUCGAUGACAAACCAGGAAUGUUAUGCGAUUGUCCACCAGAAUGCGAGUAUUAUUUCUACAAACCACGAUUGACGGUAGUACCGAUAUCAGGAAGCAAGGAUAUCAUCGUGGACAUACAUUUCGAGACGCAAACGAGCUUUCGAUAUAAGACCGACAUUGUCUUAACGAAACUCGACCUCCUUGUAUCAUUCGGCGGCAUUAUCGGCUUGUUUCUCGGAGGUUCUCUUCUAAGCGCGGUGGAGCUCAUUUACUAUCUUCUAGUUCUCCUGUAUUGUUGUGUUUCUUCCUGGUACAAGUCGGCUAAGCGAAAAGUUAACGUUCAAGGAGAGAGCGAAUCUGUGGUAACGGUAAUUCCAAGAUUACCUAUUCUGGAUUAUGGACCCCUGAAAUCGCAAUCGAGGAAGAUUCCGAAUCUACUCGUCUACGAUUACGAGAAGCAGAAACCCGACAGAUAUUGAAGCAAUCACGAUGAAACUACGGAUUUUCUAGAAACCUGAAAAGUGUAUGGAGAACAGGAAGAUAAGUGUAGAGUAAACAACUUCAUUAAAUCGGUACUAAGAAAUCCAGAAAAAGCGACUAACAAGGAGAAAGGGUAAGGAACAGCUGUAGAAAGUGCGCAGAAACGUCACGUGACGAGACAAGUACCACUUCACAUUUCUCUCUCUCUUUCUCUCUCUCUCUCCCCCUUUCUUCUCUUUCCCUCUUUCUCUUGUCGGAGAUACAUCACGCGUACCAAGUAAAAUCGUUCCAUAGUUUCCGUAUUUUCGUCUUUACCACCAUGGGAAUGCUUCGCAUCCGGUACUAAGGGUAAGAUGGGACUAAAUGUACGCGGCUGUCUAACGGGCCUCCCAUUUAGCCAUUUAUUAUUUACGAUGAGUAUACUGAAGAGCUAAAGGUAAGACGUGCAAGAAGGACGGAAGAAAGAAAAGAUAGAGAGGAGUUGAGUAGAGGUGAGAAGUAACCUUGUGUUUCGUUCAUAACAUAACAACGUCGAGAGUAUAUAUACA